CUCGGGCAUUACACCCUUGAAUUUAUAAAUUUCCUUCAGAUAACGUCAACGCUCAUUUCUCGACAGACUUCCCCAGCGUCGUUUUGUGUCCUCGGGGCAGCCAUGCUGUUCAACCUCGUUGUUCCCACCCUGGGAGUCUUGCUGCCAUUCCUAGCCCAACAAGCCGCCUCGUUCAAUCCAUCAUGGGGCUACACUCUCUUUGGCGCCCUCGGCCAUCCGCAUGAGCAGAUGACGUACCAAGGUCUCACAGACAAGUACCUGGAAUACUUCGAUAUCGGCGAGUUCUCCGUCACCAACUCUAUGGAUCUUGCGCGAAAUCAGAUCAUUGCAGGUACAAAGAUCGUCGACAAGCACGGGGAUGUUGAAGCCGAGCUAAGUGAGGCUCACUGCGACGAUGAGUCCCUGCAACUAUGCCACGAGCGCCUCAAGUCUAACCUCACCGUCAUUCGGACCCUGCUAAAGGCUGGAAACGUCGGCCAGGCUAGGGACAAUCUAGGCAGGAUGCUACAUACCUUGCAGGACUUCUACUCCCACAGCAAUUGGAUCGAGCUUGGCAUGACCGACAUCAGCCAUAACUUGGUACAGCAGUGGCCCCUCGAGAAGCUGGUAGACGACACCAAGAAGAUGCCGUCUUGUAUAAAUUGCACGUAUCCUGGGACGCCCGACUUUGCUGUUGACUGGGAGCUCAGGUGGGACGAUUAUGCGCGGACGAAGGCUGUUUCGAGGCCGGGAGCGAUUACACCAGAUCCUAUGUCUGCCGUGACUAAGGGGAUCAUCGCAUUCCUAAUGGGGCUCAAGAAGUUCAGCGUGAGCAUUAUCAAGCCCAUCGCGAAGAGAUACCUUGGCGCGGAGGUACCGGAGGAGCUGAUCGACGCCCUGGCAGGUCUCGGCGACAGCCUCCUGAACGUCAAACCAGACUGCCGGGCCAACCUGAAGGCUCAGUUCACGCUCCCAGCCAGCCAGUUCCUUACCACGGGAAUUUUUAGAGCUAGCUAA